CCGUUACUCACCGGCGCUUUACCCCGUACUCCCGUUUGCUCCCUUAUCUCUUACGUUUGAUGCUCCGAAGUGUUUGCCACCGCCAACCAGCUUAGCCAUUGCGGAGGCUGACUAAUCGAUCCUCGAAUUGCUGAUUUGGAAUCGGACCAACAAUAGUGAAUCAAAGAAGAAAGGGAAUCCCGAAUCAGAAGUCUCUCUGCCUCCGCUCUUCGGAGUCCUUUCGUUUUUGCUCCCCGUCUGCUCACACUAUCACACCUCCGCUCUUCUCAUGCUCACGCUAUUUGCAGAACAUCCAUGAAAUUGAACUCCCAAAAACAUAUUAAAAUUGCAAAAAUCAGACCAACUCUGAAUAUUUGGGCGUGUAUUUCAUUAGUGAGGAGGCAGGAAGAUAAAAAAUUACUUCGUGGACUGACCUGGUUGAUCAUCAAAGAGUCAGUUGAAAGCGAGACGAUGAUUGUAACAUUGCAGGUUUGAGAGCUUGCAGUAUUGGUCUAGGUAAAUGGGAUCACAAAUCAAAAUGCACUUCAAAUCUUGGACACAACCGGUGAAGAUCGUAGUAUGCCACCAUACCAUUUGGCUGCUACUACACCUGAGAUAGCAUAUCCUUUGGAUAAGAUUAUUUCCAAAGGAGAAUGGGCUUGCCUCUCAGAUAUCAUUGACCUUUCAGAAGCGGGAGAACCUAUCCGUCUCGAUUGUUUUCCAAGCUUUGUUUGCAACAGAGUGCAUACAUUGACAGAUAUUAAGGACCAUACAAAGAAGCAGGAGCUGGCUGGAAUCUUUUCGUACAUCACACAUCUUGUCAAGAAGCAGGACAAACACUCUCUAGAAGGUUUUCAUUUGCAAAGAGUCACAAAAUUUUUGGCAUGUUGUUCCAAAAAAUCUCUUCAAUGUUUGGUGUUUCAGAAUCGAAGAGACUCCCUCCUCAAAAAAUUGAUCUCCUCAUCAGUUAUGUACUUGUUCUUACUCUCUACGUUGACAACUUCCGAACUGAUCCGUUGGACAUAGCCAAGGAUCCGUUGGAAAAUAUUGGUCUCCUCAUCUGUUAAGGCCUCAUUUUGAGUUACUGGGUUGCAAAUAUGUUCGUGACAACAAAGUUCAUGCAGUUGUGUGCAUCCUAAAACCAACCACGCAGUCGUUUCAGCCCCCUUUUGUUUGACAUGUUUAACUGUAUGUAAAGAGCAGCUUGUACUCUACAUGGGAAUAUUGUUAUUUUUCUAAAUAUGUUGUGCCAGUCUUUAAUCAGAAGAGGCACCAAGUCAUAUCCAUGAACGAAAAUCCUUUGAGAACGAAACCAUUUUAUUAGCUAAA